AUGGCGGCCGUUGACCCAUCUGAGCUGGGGCAGAUGAACCAGCUGCAUGUCGCGAAUACCACUUCGACGACAAGACCUGAGGUCGCAGCCGGUAAGUCCAGCCACCGCAGCAGAUACGCGCCGCUUCUCUCUCGAUGGAUGUUCGAUCUUUUCUGUGCCUUGUGGAUCGUGCCCAUUGUAUUUCUUCUUGUCCAGAACUACCGAAAUUGGAUUGUCGGCGCCGGUGUGGGCUGCCGCCUCUCCUGGUUCAAACACAAAUGCUAUAUCGAUCUAUUGUCCAUCGACGGAUCGAAUCCGGAAUCGAAAGCAGCAAAGCUGGACCAGGUCGACCAUGAAAUCCUGGGGGCCCUGCAAUUCGUGGCCAAAGCCCUUGAAGUCUGGUUCGGAAUUGUCGCCACCAGUCUCAUCUACGACUUGACAAUGCUCCUGGGAAAGCAUGACCAUGGACUCCCGAUUGCAUAUCUGCUGACGCACGUGGAAUUCGGUGACAUUUGCAUGGUCGUCGACCACAACUUCUGGAAGUCGUCUUGUCUGUUGAGCCGCCAGGGAAGACGAGGGGUGUACUUGUUUGCAAUCUCUGUUGCUCUCCUCUGCAUUAUCUGCAAUCUCAUGGGACCCGCCACCGCUGUUCUGGUCCUUCCCACCCUCGGAUGGGCUGAGACCGUUGUCCCCAACCCGCAAAGGCUUGGGCAAGUGGCAAACUUGGAAUCUCCCAAAAAUCCAGCAAUCGCUCCCGGCUGCGAUGCUUCCGCCCUCGCCGCCGGCAAUUUCACCUGUAUGAGUUACUUCCUCCCCAUCCUAGAUGAGAUGUCCCUGCACCAACAGUUUGGCCUCCAAGAACUCUAUGACCAAGGUUAUCUGAUGGAUUUCGGCGUGUUCAGAGAAUCCGGCUUGUCAUAUACUUUCAACAUGACGGCUCAAGCCAAUCUGUUCCCUAUUUGGUCGCCAAAUCGUCAAGUCCUACGGGAAAUGUCCAAUGACUACGUUGAAUUCCAGGCCACUCAAGGGGCCAACAGGACAUUCGAGAAGUCAAAGUCUAUAGCGGCAAAGUUCAACCGCACGCUGGAUCGUACCCUCUACGGCGCCUACAGAAAUGUGCUCGACGUCACUUUGGUGCGUCGGGGCCCUAGCCUCGGGAUGACAGAAAGUUGCGCCAGGGGCAACGUGACCGAGAUCAUCGUCUCCGAGGCGAAAUCAGUGCGCUGCUUCUAUCGCAACUGGUCUCUUGAUGGAGUCGACAACGGCUACGAGUGCAUUCGUGUUGGCACCGGUUGGAGUGACCCAAACCUGGCGAAUUCACAGUUCUCGAUCGGAAACAAAGACAACGCGGCAACGGGUAACGUCACCGUUGACGUCUACAUGGAAGCCGAGAGUAUUUGGCUCAGAGAAAACAUUCUGAAAUGCGUCUCAAACAGCCCAGACGCUGCUACAUCCUGUGACUGGGACAAGAUGUUUUCCGGCACAUCUCCCGACGUGGAAAUCUACCUACAGAGUCAACAAUGGAUGACAUACACCUUGCCACUUCCCGAAGGGGGAACCGCCGUCGCAGUAUGCCACAGCUACACGUUCCUUGACACAAUGCCGUACAACAUCGACAUAUCCCCCACCACAAACGCUCUGGGCCUUGUCAAUCUCCUCGCCCCCAGCGUAGUGGGUGAUCCCAUCCCUCUGCAUCCAGAUUGGCUGCUUGCAGCCUGGGCGGUCACUAGAUCCGGGGUAGCGGAUGGGGAUCGAGCGGCCGCAACGAACCUGGUCACCACGUUGAAAUGGGCUGCCAACAGUGAGCCCCCGGAGACGCUCGACGACGAAGAUUUCCCCAUUUACGUGCUCAACAGUUUACACCUGACCACGAUCUUGCACGCCCUGACCCUGGUCGACUUUUCAACCUUGAACGCCACCGGCUCGACAGCAGCAGCCGACGACAGAGCGGCGCUGAUCGUGUCUCGAAGGCUCCGCGUAUGGGCGUACGGACAUUCGUCGCACACCUUCCGCGUCGGGCUGGUGGUUGUGGUCUGCGGUGUGCUGUGCGUCUUCCUCCGCCUCGGCUUCGGAUGCUUCGUCGCGUCGAGGCACCGGUGUACUCUGAAUUUCCUCACGGCAGCGUUGAGAUACGCACCAAGCGGGGGUGAGUUUAACGGUGCCGGCAAGAAGUCUGAUAUAACCCAGGUGUCCGUGAGGGUGGUGGAUAAAGGCGGAGGGGUCGUAGAUAUUGUACGGCCUCAUGGGAAUGUAAGAUAUCGGCCUCUACGAGGGUUGGUGUAA